AUGUUACUUCAUCGACAAGAAAUGAUUAUUCAUCAGAAAGGGUUUCUAAAGUCCCCAGACCUUGAUGCAGCCCCGAAUUGGACUCUACCACCGUUGAAUAUGAUUAAAAUCAACAUCGAUGCAGCAAUAUCUGCUAGGAGUAAUUUAUCAGUGGUCAGUGGUGUUUGUAGAGAUGCUUCCGGAGCAGUCUUGCGAUGGGGAGUUUCUAUUCUUCGCGGUAUUCUUAAAGUGGAAGUCGCUGAAGCCAAGGCUGUUCCGUUUGGUAUACAACAAGCUUCUGAGGUCCCAAGCAAAGUCCUGUUUGUUGAAUCUGAUGCAGCCAAUUUUAUAAGCAGGCUUCUUCAUCCUGAAAGUGCAAUUGACCCUAUACAUGUUAUUAUUGAUGAUUGCUUGGCGGAGACGGCUUCUCGUACGGUUCAAUUUCAGCACGUUCGAAGACAUUGCAAUCAAGUUGCACAUGCCUCAGCUAAAUGA